AUGUUCCAUGAUGAAGAGCGCCUGGGCCGCAGCGAGCAAAACGGCCAGACGCCGCACUACGAUCAGGUGCCGGCCGGCACGCUGCCUCGGGGCGAGCCCUACGAGCCUCACCCCCUGAGCGCCCGCUCGGCGGCGUACUUGGGGCACAGCGCCGACCCGCUCCCGCCGCCUCCUCUGCCCGACCUGCCUCCCAUCGGACCUGACCACCCGGGUCACGGGGACCCAGAUCAGGAGUCGGAGCUAGACCCGGCGCUGGACAUCAAACCGGUGCACCGCUUCAUCCCCGACUCGUGGAAGAACUUCUUCCGGGCUAGCGACCGAAGCAGCAAAAAGGGAGCGUGGCCGGAGCCUCCGCCGGCAUCAUGUAACAACAACAACAGCACCAGCGAGGGCGUCCGUUGCUCGCCGCCGCACACGCCGUCCGUCCCCGGGUCGUACCGGGACCCUUACGGAGGCUCGGCCGGCAGCUACGACUCGGGCAAGGAGCUCCUGGACCUGGGCGAGUCGGCGUCUGCGUCGGGGCAAACCUACCGCACGGCCUUGACCUACGCCGAGCGCGUGGAGGAGUACCACCAACGCUACGCCUUCAUGAAGUCGUGGGCGGGGCUGCUGAGGAUCCUGGGCUGCGUGGAACUGCUGCUCGGCGCCGCCGUCUUCGCCUGCGUCUGCGCUUACGUCCACAAAGACAACGAAUGGUUUAACAUGUUCGGCUACUCGUCUCCGGGCGGCGCCUACGCCGGCGGCUUAUACGGCUCUGGCGCCAGCUCAUACACGGGCCCCAAGACGCCCUUUGUGCUUGUGGUGGCCGGCCUGGCGUGGCUGGUGACCGUCAUCGUCUUGGUGCUGGGUAUGACCAUGUACUACCGCACCAUCCUGCUGGACUCCACUUGGUGGCCGCUGACAGAGUUCAUCAUCAACUUGGUGCUCGCCGUGCUCUACAUGGCUGCAGGUAUAGUGUACGUGCGCGACACGACUCGCGGGGGCCUGUGCUCUUACCCCGUGUUCAACAACGGCAUGACCGGCGCGUUCUGCCGGACGGAGGCGGGGCAGACGGCCGCCAUCAUCUUCCUCUUCCUCACCAUGGUCAUCUACCUGAUCGGAGCCGGCGUCAGCCUCAAGCUGUGGCGGCACGAAGCGGCGCGGCGAUACCGCGAGAGCAAUGCGCAGGAGAUGCGGCAGUCGGCCUUUGGAGUGGGGCAGUCGUUGCUGGAUACCACAGACGCUCCGCUGAACGCCGAAACACCUCGACAGGAAUCUGUAGCCACGUUGGCUCGGGACGCGCCUGUCGCUGUGGCGCCCAAGAUCCUGCAGGGGGCCAUACCGUCCGGACACAUACCCAAGCCGGUCAUCGUGCCCGACUACAUCGCGAAGUACCCGACCAUCCGCUCGGACGAGGAGCGCGACCAGUACCGCGCCGUCUUUAAUGACCAAUACGCCGAGUACAAGGAGCUGCACGCCGACGUGCAGGCCGCCUGCAAGAAGUUUGAUGAGAUGGACAGCAUGAUGCGCAAUCUCCCGCGCCAGGCCAGCAGUCAGAUGGAAGCAGAUCGCAUCAACAGAAUCCUUCAGGAGUUUGAGAGGAAGAAAAACGACCCGACCUUCCUAGAGAAGAAGGAGCGUUGUGAGUACCUGAAGAACAAGCUCUCGCACAUCAAGCAGAAGAUUCAGGAGUACGACAAAGUCAUGGAGUGGAACGACGGAUACGACUAA